UAUGUACACGUCGCGUUCCGCGAAUUACUAACGGCGUCCCAUAAUUAUGCUGUAAAUACGCGCGUGUGCCCGAGAACAGUGUCCCGAAUCGCAUCCCCGGAAACGCAAGCAUCGAUCAACUAGGCGCGUCUGACGCGGCACGAGGAAUCCCCGACGAGCGCGUUUACCCGAGUCGCCAGCAGUCCGGCAGCAAAAUGGCAGCGAGCGACUCUAACACGGAUGACAGCCUCUAUCCGAUCGCGGUUCUCAUCGACGAAUUAAAAAAUGAGGAUGUCCAGUUACGUCUCAAUUCCAUCAAGAAGCUAUCGACGAUCGCGCUCGCCCUAGGGGUUGAACGGACACGGAGCGAGCUAAUACCAUUUUUAACAGAGACAAUUUACGAUGAGGAUGAGGUUCUUCUUGCACUGGCCGAACAGUUGGGUACAUUCACUCCUCUCGUCGGUGGACCAGAAUACGUGCAUUGCUUAUUGCCACCAUUGGAAUCUUUGGCUAUUGUGGAGGAAACAGUGGUUCGUGACAAAGCUGUGGAAUCCUUACGGAAUAUUGCAGCCCAGCACAGUCCUGCAGAUCUAGAGGAGCACUUUGUGCCAUUGGUACAACGCUUGGCUUCAGGAGAUUGGUUCACGUCAAGAACAUCGGCAUGUGGAUUGUUCAGUGUUUGUUAUCCAAGGGUGAGCCCAGCCAUCAAAGCGGAAUUACGAAAUCACUUUCGUAGCUUGUGCCAGGAUGACACACCUAUGGCGCGACGAUCAGCCGCUUCUAAAUUAGGCGAAUUUGCUAAAGUUGUAGAAAUCGAGUAUCUUAAAUCCGAUUUAAUACCAAUGUUUGUUAUACUUGCUCAGGACGAACAAGAUUCAGUUCGUCUUUUGGCCGUCGAAGCUUGCGUCAGUAUUGCAGCGUUAUUACAACAAGAGGAUGUUGAGCAAUUGGUUAUGCCUACGCUUCGACAAUGCGCCAGUGAUCAAUCAUGGCGUGUUCGUUACAUGGUGGCAGAUAAGUUUACAGAUCUUCAAAAGGCUGUUGGUCCAGAAAUAACAAAAACGGAUCUUGUGCCAGCAUUUCAAGUUUUAUUGAAAGAUAUUGAAGCGGAGGUGCGGGCUGCAGCUGCUGAUAAAGUCCGCGAUUUCUGUCAAAAUCUUGAUCAAUUUAAUCAGGAGUCUAUAAUAAUGACAAAUAUAUUGCCCAUUGUUAAAGAACUCGUAGCAGAUCCUAACCAGCAUGUUAAGUCAGCUUUGGCAAGUGUAAUCAUGGGAUUAAGUCCCAUACUCGGCAAACAUAACACGAUUGAACAUCUGUUGCCUUUAUUCUUGUCCCAGCUCAGAGACGAGUGUCCUGAGGUGCGACUCAAUAUCAUUAGUAACCUAGAAUGUGUCAAUGAAGUUAUUGGCAUACAACAACUCUCGCAAUCUCUUUUACCUGCCAUCGUAGAGUUAGCCGAGGAUUCUAAGUGGCGUGUACGACUAGCUAUCAUCGAGUAUAUGCCAUUGCUAGCCGGCCAACUUGGUGUGGAAUUUUUUGAUGAGAAAUUAAAUUCCCUAUGUAUGACAUGGUUGGUGGAUCAUGUUUAUGCGAUUCGAGAAGCAGCUACGUUAAAUCUGAAAAAAUUGGUAGAAAAGUUUGGGCCUGAUUGGGCACAAAAUACAGUGAUACCCAAAGUUCUCGCUAUGUCUAGAGAUCAGAAUUAUCUUCAUAGAAUGACAUGCUUGUUCUGCAUCAAUGUUUUAGCUGAAGUAUGUGGUCCAGAGAUAACGACAAAGGUGAUGCUUCCAACUGUACUGACAAUGGCUACCGAUAAUGUUGCAAAUGUAAGAUUUAAUGUCGCUAAGACUCUGCAGCGAAUUGGACCCUUCCUCGAACCCUCAGCAGUCCAAACUCAAGUAAAACCCAUCCUUGAUAAAUUGAAUACUGAUAGCGACGUUGAUGUGAAAUAUUUUGCUUCAGAAGCAAUUGCUGGGAUUGCAGAUUUUCUAAUUUAGUCUUAAUUAUGAUAACGUUUCAGCGUAGGUUGAACGACACAGCGCAUUUAUCACUUAUCUAAUAAUAUUUAACUUAAAUUUGAGAGAAAAAGAAAUAACAUGCCACAAUAUUUCACUUACAAACUCAUGGCAACAGGUAAUAAUAUGCACGAUCAAGGCAGACUUUGACAAGGAGAUAUACAAAUUAUAAUUAGUAGAUUAUAUUAAAUCGUACUUUAAGUUACGUUGUAUUUGUAUACCUAUAAUUACAGUAAUAAGUACAAUAUUCGAUUUAAUUGGUAACAUGUAUUUCUCAUAUAUAUUUAAGUAACUGUCUUAAAAAAAUAAUAUAAUGAUAAUAAAAAAGA